AGUAAACAAGACUGAUUCGUUCACUCACUAGUGUCAAGCUGAGUGACUACGACUAGCAACUGCUUAUAAAUUAUUAUCGUAAAAGAGUUAAGUUCUACAUUAUUUUUUGUUUUUUGAUUGUUAUCUUAAACCCAGGUACGGUGCUAGCUACGUAACCUCAAAUAUUUCUUCAGUGUACAUCGUGAACAUUUACAGUGAAUAAUCGAGAAAGUGAUGGAUAGUGACGUAGUUAGGGUGAAGGAGGAGCCAAACGAAAAUCUGACGAUCACAGAUGAUGAUUAUGUUUUCGAUUCAGUGCAGGACUAUAUCAAAGCCGAAAACUAUGAAACGUUGCAAUUUCAUGACUUACCGGCAAAACACGCGAACGAGGAUGUGACUUUACAGGAGAAGUUAGGUGAAAAAAUAUUCAUAGGUUUUGAGUGCAAAAAUGUCAAACCUGAACUGCCGUGUCUAUCGGAAACUAUCUGCAAAUCUGAGUUUCAAAAUGAUCAAUCUGAUGUGAAAAAAGAAAACGAAAAUACGACCAAUAACAUGAAUGAAAAAACUCUAAUAAUUUUAAUAAAAAAAGGAUAUAAUUAUGAUAAUAAUUGUCAAUUGAAUGUGAAAUCCCGUUUAAAAUUGAUCGAACAUGAGAAGCUCAAAAGUGUUGAAAAAAGUGUUGAAAAAAAAUCAUUGCACGAGUCAAAAAUAUGUCGAGAAUCUUAUAAAAUUCAUUUCAAAGCCAAUCACAAUAACAGCAAAACUUUUGUAUGUGAAAUUUGUCACAAAUCGUUUUCAUCCAAGAAUAAUCUCAAAAUCCACAUAAAUACAGUACAUUAUCGGAGCAAACGCUUUGAGUAUAAUCAUUACCUCAAACGUCACACGAUUGCAGUACAUGAUGAGAGCAAACCGUUUGAAUGUGACAUUUGCCACAAAUCAUUUGGAUACAAACAUGUAAUCAUACUUCACAUUUAUGCAGUACAUAAUAAUCAUAGCAAACUGCUUCAAAGUGAAACUUGUCAAAAGUAA